AUGGAAUUAACAUUAACAGUGUUUUUAAUUAUUGUAUUUACAAAAGGAACACCUUUUCUGAAAAUUGAUGGCAAAGAGCCUCGAGAGGUGUAUCAAUAUUGUAAGAAUUUUGAAAGAAAAAUUAAUGAAGAUAAUAAACCUGAUUCAAUUGUUAAAUGCACUGAAUGUGAAAGUGAGUAUUAUAAAUUAGACAAUGGGGUAUGUUUGUAUUACACAAAUAAUUGUAAUACAACAGACACGUAUCUCUAUCUAAAUAAUGAAAAGUGCAAUUUUUGUGAUUUUUCAUGUAAUACAUGUGACGAAAAUGGACAAUGUACUUGUUUCUUUGAUACUGAUUUAAAUGAAUGUAAAAAAUGUGUAAGUUCCUUUGAAACAAAUAUUAAUACUGAAAAAGUUACUUUAUGUAAAUACUGUGGGUUAGGACAAUACACAAAUCAAAAUUUAAAAACAUGUGAAGUAGCAACUUUAAGUGAAGAUAAUAAAGAUUCAACCAAUUGUGCUCUUUCUGGUAUUGAAAAUGGAAAACAAGUUUGUUUGAAAUGUGUUGGUGAAUAUUCAUAUGAUGUAACUUCAAAACAUUGUACAUUAAAAGUUGUACCAAUGGAAGGAUGUUCGAGACAGAAUGGCGAGAAAUGUUUAGAAUGUGAUUUUGGGUAUUAUCUUGACUUGACUAAAUGUGUGAAAAAAGAUGUACACUGUGAAAGUUUUCAAUUAAAAAAUGGUAUUGUUGUGUGUACACUUUGUCAAGAAGGAUACUACUUAAACACUGAUAAGGAAUGCACCCCAUGCAACAUUACAUCAUCUCCACAGUACACGUACACAUCUCCAUGUGAAGUAAUGGACUUUAUAAAGUGUAAUCAAUGUAACAGACGAUGUAUUUCCAAUUAUGGUGUUUGUGUCUGGAGUAAUUGUAAAGAGUUCCAAUCAAAUGGGAAGUGUGGAAUAUGUGAUGAUGGUUUUUAUCUGUCAAAUGAGAAAUGUGUCAGAAUAACAUAUGGAGGAUUUGUGAUACCCAAAAACUACACAAAAUGUGUUGCUGGAUAUUAUGUUGACUAUGAUGAGCAACGAGAUACUUAUUCAUGCAAAAAGUGUAAAGGACAUUUUAUGGAAUGUCUAACAGAAAAUACACCGGUUCCGGGUUCAUCAUUAUUUGAAAAUAUGAGAGCGACCAAAUCAUUGCCAUGCGACAAUGAAAAUUGUAUGAAAUGUGCAGAUGAUGGAAAGUUGUGUUACAAAUGCAACACCAACACAAGUGAUUUAAUAAACGGGAAGUGUAUAAUACGCCCAAUUGUUUUGGAAUUAGAAAAAAUUGAAAAUGCGCCCAUUGAAAUAGGGAACUAUGACACAUCGUAUUUAUUUUGUCAUUACAAAGGAGUGAAUACCGUGUUUGAGGAGAUUGUUCCAACUUUUAAUCAGUCGAAAGUUGAAGACAUUAGAUGCACUGAGAUAUUACGAAGAAAUUUCAAAUAUAGAACACAAACAUCUUUAUCUUCUGAAAGUGAUACAAUAGAAUGUGUUGGUUUGAAUAGAGAUCCAGAAAACAACUGUUUAUGCAAAAGUGGAUUUUACCAAGAAACUUCUUCUCGUGUAUCCGAUUGUGUAAUAAUACCAGAAGAAUUGAAUUGUGUUCAAAGUGGGAAUGGGAAACAGUGUACUGUGUGCCCACUCGAUGGGGAAUAUACAUUCGACCAAAAAUGUAUAUGUCCACGUGGUACAUAUCUUGAAGAAACGCGACUAAAAUGUGAAAUCUGUCCUAAGAACUGUUCUGCAUGUUCCAUCCAAAACGUUGAAAGAAGAAAUGAUAUAGUUUGUAGUGAGUGUAUGCCAGAAGACAUGAAUGGUGAAGGAAGAGACCCAUCUAAAAAGUGUGAUUGUAAAUAUGGCUAUGUAUCAGAAUUUGGUAAAGUUGACAUUUGCAUGAAAUUGAUAGAUGGGUGUAAAAAUGAAGGUAAUUACAGAGUGCUUUACAGACAAAUUAAAUGUUUGAAAUGUGACAAAGAAAAUUUCAUAUUAGGAUAUGGUGAUGAACAAUGUAGUCAAUGUAUUGAUGGAUAUUAUUACGAUGAAGUAAGCACAGACUGUAAAGUGUGUGAUUUUGGUAAUGGAUGUAGUAGGUGUAACUCGACCCAUUGUCUUGGGUGUAAAGACUGGGGCCUUAUAGUAGAGCCACCAGUCGGUGCUCCUCCAAAUGCAUUUUGCACUUCUUGUCUUGAUGGUUUUGCUUAUAACGCAUCUUCGUUCUCUUGUCUUUAUUGCCCAUCUGUUUGUGAUGGGUGUUCCAUUGAAAACACAAUUGAUGUUGUUUGCAAGAAGUGUAAAAAUGAUAAUUAUCCCCCAUUAUGUUCAUGUGGAAAGGGAAAUUAUUUCGAUAAAAAUAUAAAUAAUUGCAAGAAAUGUUCAAAUGACCUGAAUUUGUGUACGGAAGAAUGUGAUUACCAAAACGGAUAUUAUGUGCAAUGUUUGACAUGUAAAGACGAAAAUAGAAAUCCGGUAAGUAAUUGUACUACAUGUUUACAGAGUAAUAUGUUCGUGAAUGACAUCAACAAAUGUGAAGAGUGUGUUAAACAUUGUGACACAUGUACUUCGAAGAAUUAUUGUACAUCAUGUGAAAAGGGAACAAAUAGGUUUGGGUUUCAAUGUGAAAAGUGUCUGAGUGGAUAUUUUCUUGAUGUUGCCACUGACGAGUGUUUUGCGUGCAAUGAGAAAUGUGCCAAUUGCACAUCAUUAACUGAGUGUGAAUGGUGUAAAAAUGAAAAUAGAAAGCCAGUAAGUGGGAAAGCAUGUGAAGGGUGUAACAAUGGGUAUUAUUAUAAUGAACUUGUGAAAGAUUGUGUGAGAUGUGAAAAACAGUGUGAUGUUUGUUAUAAUGCGGAUAUUUGUUUAAAAUGUUUCACAACUGAUAAUUACAAAGAAGAGCCUGAAAAUGGUGAUUGUGUAUGUACCGAUGGGUUUUAUUAUGAUGACACAAUUCAACAAUGUAGUUCAUGCAAAAACAAAUAUGACGAAUUUUGUUCUGUUUGUAAUAACAACCAAUGUAUACAAUGUAACGCUGAAUAUCUUAUCGUGAAAAACAACAAAUGUGAAUGUAAUGAUGGGUUUUAUAAAACUUCGUGGGGGUCUUGUAUCAAUUGUGAUAGACACAAUCCCGGAUGUUUAUUGUGUACAGAUAAGGAAGUAUGUACAAAGUGUACUGCUGACUUGAAAUUGAAUCCAAAGACUGGUCAAUGUGGUGGUAGUCAAAGGUAUAUGGUCUUUCUUUUUGGACUUUUAAUGUUAAUGAUGAUAUAA